AUGUCACUCUUUAGCCUCUCUAGGGAGCUCCUUUUAAUCAUUUUAGAAGAGCUCGAUCCUAUCUCACUGCUACACUUCUGCAAGAGUUCUCAAUAUAUACAUAGCAUCGUCGCAAAUUAUUCGACGUUGCUAUAUCGAUACGAACUUGCUUUGUCCGGUAUGAAGGACGGAAUUUCAAGCUCUUAUUCACCGCGCGCACGGCUGGACCCGCUCCUCUGCCACAGGAAUGGAUGGUUGACAUUAAACUGGACCUCAGAGGACAGGCUCCGUAUUCCCACGCCAACGAUCGUUGGCGUCUCUGGAAGAUUUCUCUAUCACGCUAGCGAAAGCUCUUAUCACGGGCUAUUCCAGUGGUCACUUCAUAUCUAUGAGCUGCGCUCGUACAGGACACCGCCGGUUGAUAAAUUACAAUAUUGCAAAUUUAAUUUACCUUUCGAAAUCCGCAAGGUCGCCAUCGAUGCUGUUCAGAACCUUUUGGUGCUUGCAGAACUUCAUUUUCCUUCGCAGGAUGGACCUAUAACUGCUUCACUUCACUUUCUUGACAUGUGGACGUGCCAGCAACACCCACAGGCUCAAAACCUGCGUUUUCAAUUUCAGACGGACUGGUGGGGCACUUUGCCUCCAGGCCACCGCAUUUCCAUUGAACGGGUCCAGAUCUAUGGAAUAAUGGUCGGUCUGUCGGUACGUCUUGGAGUUGAAGAAGGCGAAGGAACAACAGAACUUGUUCUAGUCAACUGGCACACCGGUAUUGACCAACAGCAACGGUUUACUGGUGACCUCCUCUCGUUCGAUAUCCUCAGCGAAUCGUGUUUGAUGGUGCUAUCCCAUCCUGACGAGGACGAGGAUGAUGAUAGUGGAGAAUCUGCUGCUUCCACUUGGGAACGAAGUCCGGACGGGUUGUACCUUCACGAACGUGGCAAACGCUCCCCUCAAAUCAUUAUACACCAUAUACCGGAUGGUAGACGAUUGAGAUCAGCCCAGGUGAUAUCAUAUGAUUUACCAGAAUUGUGGAAGGCAAUAUCGUUUCUGCAAAUUUGUCCCAACACAUCUCUCAAGCCCAACACUGCUCCUCCGACGGGAACUUUCUUCCACUCUGAUCCGUCUCAGCGCACGACUGUUAUCCUCGUCGAAUUUCCCUCCCAUUCAAUACCGGCAGGGUGCUCCAAGAAAGUGGCAUUGGUGAUGAAGGAAUCGCUUUUUCAGCCACCUAGUCUUGGCGAUAAGACUCUAUCAUGGCAGGAAUGGCAGGACCGCUGUACGGUGAUUCAUUUGCCGGACGAUUCAGAAGCGCAUGCCUUUGAGGUUGUGGGGAGAAAACUAGUAUUUUUCCAGAGCGCCGGUGAGGAGAACUAUGUGGCCGAUUCCCGAAGUCGUCUUCACGUGCUCGACUUUAAUGACUAUGCAGCAGAGUGCCUGCGAUCAAUCGCACCGCAGUCGCCUGCUUGGUCGUGGAAUGAGAAAUGGGCUACUACCAGUAAAAUCGUCAAGGCUGGCGCAGCUGAGUUUAUCAGGACGAGCACCACACAAGUACAAAGCAUUACUUGGGUUGACGCCACAGAAGAUGCGGUGAUCUUAUACAACGAACGCGAGGGUCAAACUGUCAUCCGUGUUCUGACCUUCGGAGACACUCCAGCAUGA